UUCAUAAAAACAUAGAUUUAUUACCCUAUAGGUCAAUAUUUCAAAAAAUACAGACCAGGUCAAGUUGAAAAUCAACACUUGACUGUGAAAUGGAGUUUAGAAGACUACCUAGAUAAUAGUUUCUGAGAUACAGAAUUUUCUUUAUUUUUUCUUAACGAUUCCCACGUAGACUGAUGAAAAUUCAUGAGUGUUUGGGUAGCUACGUCUUUAGAAUUAUUUUUAGGAUGAGCUUUGAUUCUGCCUGUUGUGGUAUAUCAAUCAAGUGGUUCUUAAUCUUCAUUUAUUUUGAUGCUCAAUGAUUUCUCCAAUUAAUAACGUUCAAAUUGUCCAUCCUGUCAAAUUGUCCCUCCAACAGCUCUCGGAAUUUCUCGAUUGGAUGAAGCGCCAUACAUGUCCACGAUGUAAUCAACAUUUCACCCAUCCAUGCAAUUUUUAUCGACAUAAAAAACAAUGUGGCAUCGAGAAGAAGGUUAAAUGUGAUAUUUGUGAUUAUAGAUGUCACAGAAAAGAUAGCUUGAAAAUGCAUAUGGUAGUGAGGCAUCAGAUCUUGUGAAGAAAUCGACCAUCAUCAAUCAUGUUAUUUAUUCAAUUAUUCAUCUUUCAUUAUUGGUUGAAUUAAUUGGGAAAAAAGUUUUAUGUUCAGUUGUCACAAAUUGAAUUUAUUCUUUCGUUUUGUUAUUAAUUAAUUAUUCUCUGCAUAUUGCAGCAUAAAAAAAUGUUAUCUCUUGACCUAAUUUUGAAUAUUUUUCAUGUUCGAAUACUUUAUCAUUAAUUUUUCCAUGUUUAUCGAUUUUUACAUUCAAAAUUUUCAAAGACAAAUCGGGGUUUAUAGUGAAUUUUUGGGGUCUGUAUAUUUCAGAGUUGAAUAAAAUAUUUUUGUAUCAGUAAUUUCUUGGAAUUAAGAGCUGGACUUCUCUUAACCGUUCUCGAAGAAUAUUUCACAUUUUCUUGUGUAAGCACUCUUGUUGAUAGUCUGUUAUACGUCUUAAC